AUGGGAAAUCGAGGGGCACCGAGCCUUUCAAGAUUUUACUCACCGCCAGAGAGCCAAGAUGUCCAACUUGUCCCGGAUGGCAGAGGGCAGCGCCAGAGCCUCAAGACCCCAGAGGAAAUCGAGAGAUUAACGGUCGAUGAAGACUUGAAUGAUAUUGAAAGGGCUGUCUACCUUCUCAGCUCCGGCCAGGACAUCCAGGGAACCAGCGUGGUGGCCAACCUACCAGUGCUUAUUCGCCAGAAUCCUGGGGAUACUCUGCGGAGAGUCGUGCCAAAAGUCAGAGAGGUUCUCCAUGUGGCUGGAGUGGAGAUGCAGCUGACCGCAGCCUAUUCUUUCCUGACGAUACUGCAAGAGGAGUCGGUACCGGUCCACUCUUAUUGCCUGUCCUUCCUCCAGAUUAUCCUGCAGAACCUGGAACACAGAGACACGGGUGUGAGCAAUGCGUGGCUGGACACACUUCUCGCCGUUAUAGAUGUCUUGCCAAAGGAGACCAUCAGACACGAGAUUUUAAAUCCACUUGUAUCCAAAGCACAGCUGUCUCAGACGUUACAGUCCCGCCUCACUAGCUGUAGAAUUAUUGGGAAAAUUGCAAACAAGUUUGAAUCCCAUGUAGUAAAGCGAGACAUACUCCCCCUAGUGGAGUCUCUGUGUCAGGACGUGGAAUACGAAGUCCGUUCUUGUAUGUGUCGCCAACUUGAAUACAUCGCCCAAGGCAUAGGGACAGAAUUAUCAAAAUCAGCCAUCCUCCCUGAGCUCGUGGAACUGGCUAGGGAUGAGGGGAGCAGCGUCCGGUUGGCAGCCUUCGAGACGCUGGUCAAUCUGCUGGUCAUGUUCGACCAUGAUGACAGAAGUCAGAUCGUCCUCCCUCUGGUGAAGUCUUUCUGUGAGAAGUCCUUCAAGGCUGACGAAUCUGUCCUCACCUCGCUGUCAUUACACUUAGGGAAGCUCUGCCAUGGCCUGCAAGGUCUCUUCACUCAGGAGCAGCAGAUCUGGUUCCUAGAUUUCUUUAAGAAACUGUGCCGAUUGGGUCUGCACCAGGAGAAUGGCCAUAACGAUAACCAGAUCCAGAACAUAGAGCUAGAGAAGAAGUAUUCUAUGGUCAGGAAAAACUGCGCCUACAACUUUCCAGCUAUGGUCGUAUUUGUAGGAGUGAAAAACUUCCACAUAGAGCUGUAUGCAACCUUUUUCUGUCUGUGUCACGACCCGGACAUGUGCGUCAGACACACCAUGGCUCUUGGCUUCUGUGAAGUCUGCAAGCUCUUAGGAUCCAAUGUGUAUUUAAUACACAAAGAACUAGUCGCUUUACUACAAGAUGACUCACUAGAGAUUUUGGACGGGUUAAUAGAUCAUCUUCCAGAAACUCUGGAGCUCAUGACAAGUGGAGGCGACAACUCAGGGUUAGAUAACAAGCUCAUGAUUGUACCUGACCUGGUCCCGGCACUGACCUCGGCGGAGCAGCGAGUUGCCAACUCCCUGAAAUGGCGCAGCCACGAGACGUUACUGCAGAAGUUCUCCUGCCUGCCUCACAUAAUUUCCAGCGAUCAGAUCUAUUAUCGGUUCCUGCACAGAAUGUUCAAUAUCAUUUUAACUAAUAACGUAUUACCGGUGCAGAAAGCAGCAAGCCGGACGCUGUGUAUAUUCCUGCGCUAUAACCGAAAACAGGAGCAGAGGCAUGAAAUCAUCCAGAAACUGGUGGAACAACUUGGUCAGGGGAAGAGCUACUGGAACCGACAGAGGUUCCUGGACACCUGCGAAUAUAUCAUGGAGUUCUUCUCAAAGUCUUUCUUCUGCAAAUACUUUUACCUCUCUGUGCUGGAGCUGACCAGCGAUCCUGUGGCCAACGUUAGGAUGAAGGUUUGCUACAUGUUGCCAAAGCUGAAGUCCACUUUGAAGCUUCCGGCGGAUAAACAUUUGUUGCAGCAGCUGGAACUGUGCGUCCGGAAACUUCUGUGCCAGGAGAAGGACAGAGACGUCCUGGCGGUAGUGAAGAGGACUGUUCUGGAGCUCGACCGGAUGGAGAUGUCCAUGGAUGCUUUCCAGAAACGCUUCUUUGAAAAAGACUUAUUGGACCAGGAAAAGGAAAGAGAGGAGCACUUACUGCUGGAAAUGGAACAAAUAGAAAAAGAAAAACAACAAAGUGAGGCGCGAUCCAGCAAUGAGAAGACAUACGACAGGAAGCGUAGAGACAGUAAAACGGGAUCAGCGUUGCCGAAAUCCCUUCCGACCGUGAUCUCGGGAGGCUCCUCAGGCACCCAAACAGUGGUCAGCAGAGAAAGCAAGAAGAGCAAGCUGAUCCGGAGCCAGUCGUUCAGCAGCCACGCCAUGCACCCGAAACACAGCUCCCUCGACAAGACCAACAAAAGUAACUCAGUGAUCGGUGUUGGAAAGAAUGUCUUGCUGCCAUUUGUUGAGGACUCACUUAAAGUCAGGACCGGCAGUGCCAGUGGAUCUGUGGCUUUCUCCAGCACGGCCACAACGUCCUCUCGAGUCACAGCGAACGCAGUUGACCAGAAGACAAACGGAAGCAAAGAAGCUCAGGCCCGGAAACUUAGCCUGAAAAACAGGAAACCCAAAGCUUAGCCAGGCUGGCCGGUACGGCGCGAACCAAAGAAGCAUAGAGCGACUGGAAUUUACUGGCACGUUGGGAGUGAAGAGCUGGUGUAAGCCCAGAACGGACACGUCUACUAUACUCUGGCUGGUGUUUCUCCAGAGGACGAAUCUCCGCUUAUAAAUGUCUUGACUGCACGGUGGUUAAUGCAAACCAAAAUGGCCACCCCAAUCCACAGCCAUCUGGGACAGACACUUCCUGCGAGCACCUCUGUAUCCCGAUCUGUUGGGUGUCGUUUUAAGUUUAAAGGCCGCUACUCUUGGCAGAGAGGUACCUCUGGAAAUCUCGGAGCCCAACCUCAGACCCGCGUG